ACAAAACCGGGGGUCCCGAGGCUUCCCAGCAGCCUGUGAACCCCCCCGGAGACACCAUGAGGAGCCUCCAGGAGGGCCCCGACCCCUCUGAGGAGCCCAAACCCGGCAAGGACAAGUCUGAGUUCAGGAACUACACCGAGGGGAAGCUGAUCGACCGCGUGUACCACACGUACCUGCUCAUGCACACACACCAGACCGUGGACUUCGUCCGCAGGAAGAGAGCCCAGUACGGGCCGUGCUCCCUGCGGAGGAUGAGCGUGAUGGAGGCGCUGGAGCUGCUGGACCAGCUGGUGGACGAGUCGGACCCCGACGUGGAUUUCCCCAACUCCUUCCACGCCUUCCAGACGGCCGAGGGGAUCCGCCGGGCACACCCCGAUAAAGACUGGUUCCACCUCGUGGGGCUCCUGCACGACCUGGGGAAGGUGCUGGUGCUCUUCGGGGAGCCCCAGGUGAGUGGGAUGGUGGGGAGGGGGCACCGGGGAGCCCCCCCCGCGUCGGGGGAACCCUCCGGGGGCCGCU